UAUUAAUAAAAAAAUCAAAAUCCAAAGUCAUCAUUUACAAUGUAAUUGUUUUUGAAUCAGUUAGUUACAAAUUAUCCUUGUUUAUGACUAUUACCAGUAUUCAAAACUUAAACAACCAUGGGCCAUAUUAACAAAAAAGAUCCAUAAGCGAAUUAAUACGUAAAACCUAAUCGAAGAUUUUUGCAAUCUAGCAUUCGGUGCAUAAAGACACAUCAAAUGACCAACAGAUAGCAAAAUCGUCAUAUAAGCCAUUAAUAAAGAGAUAAAUAGGAAAAAUUAUACACAGUUUUCUAAAGAGUAUGGAGUUUAGGUACUAAGCAAAAAGGCAGUAUCCACCAUGUACAAAAAUUGAUAAUGAAAAUCAAGGGGGCCAGAGCAUAGAAAAAAGAAAGGUCAUUCAAAAUAUGAAUUUUAAUUAGCAUUUAUAUACACGGAAAUAGUAAUUUCAACACACACGACAGCACAAAUGAUACGAAGAAACUGAUAUACCUAUUUAAAUAGUUCGGUACAAACAGCUAUGGUUGAAAGCUAUACAUAGGUAUGACAUUUAGACAUUUAACAAUGUUUAAUACCAGAUAACAAUUAUUAUAUCUAUAAGCUAGAGUAUAGACGAUACAGGUCAACAAGCUAAACUCACACAUUUAUAUUACAAUAUGAUCAUUGGUUAUCAUUAUAUACUUGAAUAGGUAAAACUACAAGUGUGAGAUUAUAUACAUACAAUCAUCAGAAUCAUUAUUUAGGUACCUAGAUAGCUACUACUUAUAAUGUAUCAAUAAGUAAUAACUGAUUACAAAUCAUUUUUAUUGUAUAGUUGUUUUUAUAUUUUAAAUAAUAAAUUCGAUUAGUGCCUGGAGUACCUAAAUAAAAAAUUAAACAUAAUAUUGAAAAGUAAUUAAGAUAUUUCGUUCCAAAACAUGUCAACAUAUCUAUAAAAUUAAAUAAUUGAUAAUGUCUGUGGAAGAAAUUUAAGCGGAGCACGGUGUACAAUUACACAGGAUAUAAGUUGAUUAUCUAAGAACUAUAGGUAUGUUGUACACUGAAACUUAAAGAUAGUGUUAAAUAAUAUGUUUAAAGUACAUCAGAAUUAUACGUACAGUUGUAUGAUUAAUAUUGAGUGUGCAAUUACUUAUAUUGCUCCUCUAUUAUCAAGAACAAGUUUUACUAACAUUUGAAAACCGUUUAAGUAUUAAUUAAUUCAUAAUAAAUUUUUAUUCAAAGUAAUCAAAUUAAUAUUGUUGUUAACGUCUUGAGUGUUAAGUAUUAUUCCAGUGAUUUAAUUAAAAAUGAUUUGGCUCAUUUUCAAAAACUGCAGUAGGAAUAAAAGUAAAUCCGUUAAGUCCACCGAUAUAAUAAACGUAAACAAUUCGAAGCAAAUAAUCCAAGAACUUCUACGCGAAUUUGAUGCCAUUGACGAUUUGAGUGAAUGCGAUAAUACCAUAUUUUCAACGGAACUACAUUUCAAUUAUCUUUCUGUGGUCGAACCUUUCUACAACGAGGAAGAAUCGAUUCCAAAAAUGGAGAUGAACGGCCACCAAAAUGUCUUUGAAAAUAACACCGUGUUCGAGAUGGCCGAUUUGGAAAAUGACAUUGACGCUGCGACUAUGAUAAUUAACAGACGGUGUAAUAAAGUCACGGAAAAACAUCUAAAGUUAUUACAGUGUCCGUUUACUUGGAAUUUGGAGUCCGGUGUGUGGAAAACGAACAUCAUAGAUCACAUCAAAAAUAAAUAUGGAAAAUAUAAUAUGAACAUAUCUUCUAUCACAUUUUCAUUAGAAAAGUACAUUAGUAAUUUAAUGAUCAGCUGUGGACUGUUUAAAACGAACCAAGUUGACAAAGCUCAUGAUAAAUUGAAAGACAUUUGGGAAUGGCUAGAUAAAUUAGACAAUGAAAAUGAACGGUUUUAUCAGGAUAUUAGAGAUGGAUUAAAGCAUAUUAUUAUGUCUACCUUGUGUCAUGUACUGUAUGCUGUUAAUAAAACGCUAUGUUGGCAGUUGUACAAUACAAUAACACGAUUUAAUUCUAUGAACGUGAAAUCAAGAGCAGCAGUUCAUGCUAUAAAUGCUGCCGUAUAUAUAGAAAUUGGCGGUAAAACAUUACUAAAUGUUGUUCAGUAUGCGAAAAAAGCAUGCGAUUUAGACUCAGAAACCGCCCAGUGGAAAUUCAUUUAUUCACUAGCACUAACAGCUCAAAGACAAUAUCUUAUGAGCAAUAAAUCGUGUCCAACUGCGUCCGAGUUUGAUGCCAUACAGCAUGCGAUUAUUUUGUCAAACCGACCAAAUCCAAAUUUUGACUUCCACAGAAUGCGUUUGAUGACAAAUAAAAUACUAUAUCAUUAUCAUUUUGACAAAAGUAAAAUAAAAACAAAUACACCGGAAAAAACUAAACAAGAUUUCUAUAAUAUCAUAGAACUAAUAAAGUCAAUCGUCAUUAUGGAACCUGAAGAUCCACAUUUGAUUGUAAAAUGUGCGAAAGCUUUAAUUACGCUACCAUAUUUACCCCAUGAAAAUAUUCUUCUUAUUAAACAAAUGAUAUCAAUUGCAGUAAAUGUGUCUUUUAAUGAUCCUACAGUGAUUCGAGCAAUAAAAGAAAUCAUUGAUAUUUUUAGAGAAUUGAUUGAUACUUAUAAGCAAUUAAAUGAAAAUAAAGUAUAUUUGGAUAAUACAAAAAUUCAAAAUGACGUGAAAAAUAAGGAAGACGAUGAUUUAGAAAAUGAUUUAAAAUUGAUCGCAGAAAAAUACGAGAUUGGCAGUAGACCGAUACUGGAUUUAAUUAACUUGUUAGAAAAAUAUGAUGGAAGGUAUAGGUGGAAAAUAAUGGCUCAAAUUUGUUCAUAUUCAAUAUUAUUUAAAGAUUCUGAUAAUCUUCUUGUUGGCGUAGAACAGUUCAUGAUGUUAAUUGACGACAAAAACAUUGCCAACAGUAAUAUUGUUACGGAUCACAGAUCUAUAUUUAUUAAAGAUGAUUCCAAAGUAUUCAAUCUAGCUGAACUAAUGUGCAAUGAAAUAAAAUUAGCAAUUAUACUUGGCCAUAGUAAGAAUCAAGAUGAAACUAAAUUUUAUUUGGAUCAGUUGACAAAUAUUAUGGAAGUGUGUCAAGUGAAGUCAAAAGCAGUUAAUCCUUCAUUAAUAGUUGAAUUAACUGGAAGUCAAAAAAAGCAAAAGGAGCAAAAUAUUCAAUGUCCUAAGAAUCAAAAGCAGAAGAAAGUUUUUCAAAAAAUGAAUAAACAACAUGGCUCACACAAAAAUAAAAAAUUUACAACUAAUAAUUAUAAAUAUACUUCAAGCAAUCAGAAACGGGCCAUUAAAUCUAAAACAAGAAAAAUUAACCAACAUAAAACUUUGUAAUAAAAUUGCAACUGAGAUUGGAAAUAAUAAUUUUUUUAAAAAUUAAAAUAGUUAAAGUCGAGGCACUCAUAUUAAAGAAGUGGCAGUACGUGGCACUUUCUUUCACCCUUGAAAAAUUAAAUGGACUUAUAAUUUAAUAAAUUAUUAUUUAUAAUUAAUAUAAAUAAAUAAAAUAAGAAUAAAAAUACACGAUUUUUUUUUUUGCUCUCUUCCCUAAUACUUUACAUAUGGAUACCAAUAAUUAAAUUAAAGAUAAUUUAAAAUGUUUAAACUAAUUAUUUACCUUUGCUCUUGU